AUGGUUGUCGCCCUCUGUCCCGACCUCGUCGCCUCUGGUCGUUGCUCUCGCGAUUCUUGCACUUACAGGCAUGACGCCUUCGAAUGCACCGUUUGCGCUCGGUUCUUCUCUUCCCAAGGCCAGCUUGACUCCCAUUUGAGUGGGAAGAAACAUCGGAAGGUCCUGAAUGGGUACUCCGGCAGCCUGCGUUGCUCUAUAUGCGACAGGAUAAUGGGUGGUGGUGCCUGGAACGACCAUAUCAAUGGACGACUUCAUGCACAACAAGCAUCGUUGCAAGGUGUGUCCCCGGUGGUAGAGCCCGUGGAGGACACACCGCCCGGCUUCCGCCAUUGCAACGUAUGCAGGAAGGACAUUAUAACUCGUCGCUGGGACGCACACGUAUCGUCGCCAGUUCACAGGGCGUGCGCUGACUAUGCGAUCUACCACUCUGCGCUAGAAGACGCCGAACAAGACCGAAAUGGCGUCGUCAUCGAAGGAGAAUAUGACUUCGACGUCGUAGCCGGAGGGCAGACUGUUGUGUGCUCUCGCACUGUCAAGAAGACGGUCAACGCAGCCUUGCGCAUCGUCCGCAUCGAUCUGGCGUCCUCAAAGAGCAAGUUUCGGGCCCCUGGAUUCACGCCGCGCAUCAUCGGAGCGGGCAGCCUCGGGGAUGUCUCGUCCACUGGGUCAACUCGUAUCGAGGUCGAAUUCCGCGCGCAGUUCCUCGGCAUAUUCCAGGACCGCAUCGAAGUCGUCUUUCAGGAUGUGCAGCUCAGGAAGGAGUUCGUUAUCGUGCGAAGCCUGCGCGCAAGCGUUGGGGACAAAGCGACAUUCGAAGAACUCAGGCCGAUCGCGCCAUACCGGCCUCGCCGACGAGUCGACCGCGCACCAGAGACGGAAAUCGUCGAGGGCCCCAAGCCCGAGUUGCUUGACGCUAUCACAUAUAUCGGCAAGCUGCCCUACGCCAAUAUCCCGACGUACCUACACAAUGUACUGUCGCGGGGCUCUGACAACGAGAUCGUCGGCCAGCUUCGCGCCGGGUUUCUUCCGCGCGUCUUCGACAGUGCUGGGCACUCGAAGCACUUCAAGUGCUUGCUGUGGGCCGAAGAGUACCGCUCUGAGCGGGACCUGGAAAUAUAUGACAUCGAGGACGCCGAGCUCAGGCGACAAGGGUUCACCCAGUUCAAUCGGUUGGGGUUUUCCACUGGUCGACAGGAUCAAUACUAUUACCUCGACGUGCCAGGUCUGGCUGAAAAACGGCCGAGCGUGCUCAUCGGCGAUCGAAUCCUCGUCCAGAAAUCCGGCGACAACAACGGCCGCUGGUUCGAAGGUCGCGUGCACGUCGUGCGUCAGGCUGAGGUCGGGCUCAAGUUCCACUCGUCUUUCGGAUGGUCGUCGUCGCAGCGCUACACGGUCCGCUUCAAGCUCAACCGUAUCCCCCUCCGUCGACAGCACCAAGCGCUGGACACCGUCUUCGAUCAACCGCGAGUGCUGUUCCCCGACCAUAAACAUUCGCUGGUUGCUUCGCGCAUCUCGAAGAGCGGAAUACGGACGACUAAUGCGCUCAUUGCGACGAAUGUGCCGCAGUUGCAGGCGAUUGCGUCCAUUGUCAAGCUUCCCAAGGGUUCGCUCCCGUUCGUUGUGUUUGGGCCUCCCGGGACAGGCAAGACCGUGCGUAUUGUUCCAUGCCCUGUCUUCCAUUUGUUCAUAUAUUCUAGGUCACGAUUGUCGAAGCCAUUCUGCAAGUACUGA